AGAGGUUCCGGUUCCGGGUAUUUUCAUAUUUGUCUCGGAGCUGUUCCUCCUUCUGACUAUGGUCUUUCAUUGGAAAUUUGCCACGAUUGACGAAGAUUUUUAAUAGAUCGCCCGUAUCGAAGCCAUCGUCACUAAGCUGUUAAAAUGACGACUCGUUCAGAGAGAGAGAAGGCCCAAAAACUCAACGAGCAACAUCAGGCCAUCCUGUCCAAAAUGUUACGAGAGGAAGACAACAAGUACUGCGCCGACUGCGAGGCUAAAGGUCCAAGAUGGGCGUCCUGGAACUUGGGUGUAUUCAUCUGUAUCAGGUGUGCUGGAAUCCACAGAAAUCUAGGCGUGCACAUAUCCCGAGUUAAAUCUGUCAAUCUUGACCAAUGGACAUCAGAACAAAUACAGAGUAUACAGGAUAUGGGUAACACCAAGGCCAGACAGCUUUAUGAAGCCAACCUUCCAGAAAGCUUCAGAAGGCCUCAAACAGACCAAGCAGUGGAAUUCUUUAUCAGGGACAAAUAUGAGAAAAAGAAGUACUACAGCAAGAAUGGGACCAAUGGAGGCAGUGUACGCGGCAAUCAUCCGAAAGAGAAGGAUGGCAAGAGAGAAAAGGAGCCAGACAGAGGGAAUAAGGUUUCGUCCUACGCAAAGAGUGAAGAGUGCCGGCCCGUCCCCAAAAUCAGCCCAAUGAAGAGUUCAGAGCCCUCUGUCAACCUUCUGGGCCUUGAUGCACCAGCAGCUGUUUCAGCUAACAAUGGUAGCACAAGCACAACUCAGAACAACAACGACCUGGACAUAUUUGGACCUAUGGUAUCCAACCCCCUCCCCUCAUCCAACCCUUCUGCUCAGUUUACUCAGGCUAACUCCAGUAACCCCACCAGUACCCCAACACAAGCUCCGGCAGGAGGGGCAGUAGCAGUGGGGGUCAGCUCAGGGUCAUGUCAGGGAGAGCUUGACUUGUUCAGCGAUAAUGGUGCCAGCAGCAAAGGGGAUGAUGUAGCCAAGAAGCCGCUUUCCAAGGACUCCAUCCUGUCCCUCUAUGGAACUAGCAGUAUGUCCCAGCAAACCCCCGCUGCUGGCAUGUUCAUGGGUCCCUCUCAGAUGCAGUUCCCUGUCCAAGCCACUGCCUGCUACCAGGCCUUCCCUGGCAUGGGGACGGCUAUGCCUCCCACCACAGUCAUGGGUGCCAUGAUGGCUCAGAGUGGGGCAGCCAUGAUGGGGCCUAACUCUGGUGUGAUGGUUGGCAUGACAAUGCCCAAUGGGUUCAUGGGGAGUGCCCCCAACACAAGUGUGAUGGGCAUGGCACCCCGAAUGAUGGGACCACAAGGUGGAACCAUGCCUGCGGGCAUGGUACCUGCUCAGGGCAUGUACGCUAUCCAACCUGGGCAGCAAGCUCAGUGGAACAUGAGUCAGAUGAACCAGCAGAUGUCAGGGAUGACUCUUAAUGGUGCUGGAGGACAGAUGGCUUUUGGCCAACCUACCUCAGCUAUGGGUGGUUGGGCAGCCAAUGCUUCUGGCCAGACCCUCAGCACACAGCUAUGGAAGUGAGCCUUUGAAGAGUCAGUGAUUGGAAAAGUAAGAGGAGUGGUUGUAAUUGGUGAAAAACAAAUCUUGCGUAUCUCUGAAGCCCACUAUGAACUGAUGCCCAUUUCCAGCAUUGACCAUUCCCCUGAAGAUGAAAACUUUUUUUUUCUCUUUCUCUCUGUCUCUCUAUUUCUCUCUAUUGUGUGAGUGAAUUGGGAGUCAUACAUCUUUAAUGGUCAGCAGUUUCUGCUCAUCAUCUGGUUUUUGAACAUACAUUUUAUUUUCCUUUUUUUGGAAAAAAAACAACAAAACAAGGUAGACUCUCCCAAAAAGACCAUCAACAUAUCAGAAAAGCUGCAGGACCAGUUGCACAAGCUUUUAUUGUAUCACUGUAUCAUUAUAAAAUUAUGGAAAAUUUAAAAUGAAUAGUAUUUAAAGGGAGAUUUAAAGAUAUGACUAUCAUGUCUUGACAAUAGUGCUCCCGAAUGUACAGCGCUGUAUAACCUUUUAAGUACCUGUGGUUCCCCUGUAAAAAAAUAAAAUAAAGUAUAUUAA